UGAUCCUCCCCCUGGUCCUGUCCUCCAUUAUGGUCGACAUGGAGAGCCACUACCGGCCACCGUCCCCCCUGGAGGAUUCGGUGCUGGGCAGCCCGCUGUGUGAGGACUUCAUUGGGGGCAUGGAUGAACUGCAGGAUAUCCCCCAGUACAUCGACGGUGACGCCCUCAGCUCCUUGGACGUCCCUGAGUACCAGUCCCAGUCGAGUAACGGCUCAGAAGGAUCCACCGUUCUAGGUAAGAUAGAUAUACACUCACCAGAUAGUUUAUUAGGUACACCCAUCUAGUACCGGGUUGGACCCCCCUUUGCCUCCAGAACAGCUUGAAUUAUUUGGGGCAUUCUUCAAGUUGUCGGAAACGUUCCACAAGGAUGUUGGUCCAUGCUGGCAUCACCCAGUUGCUGCAGAUUGGACGGUGGUACAUUCAUGCUGCAAACAGCCCGUUCUAGCUCAUUCCAAAGAUACUCUAUUUUCCACUCUUCAAUUGUUCAGUGUUGGUGAUCACGUGCCCACUGGAGCCGCUUCUUCUUGUUUUUAGCUAAUAGGAGUGGAACCCGGUGUGGUCAUCUGCUGCGAUAGCCCAUCUGUGACAAGGAUCGAUGAGUUGUGCGUUCCGUGAUGCCGUUCUGCACACCACUGUACUGUGCAGUUAUUUGUUUGUGGCCCACCUGUUAGCUUGCACGAUUCUUGCCGUUCUCCUUCGACCUCUCUCGUCAACGAGCUGUUUUCGCCCACAGGACUGCCGCUGACUGGAUGUUUUUUUUUCUUUUUUCGCACCAUUCUUGGUAAACCGUAGACACUGUCGUGUAUGAAAAGCCCAGGAUGGCGGCCAUUUCUGAGGUACUGGAUCCGGCACACCUGGCACCGACAAUCAUUCAGUCGCUCAUUUUCCCAUUUUAACGUUCAAUCGAACAGUAACUGAAUGCCUCGAUGCCUGUCUGCCUGCUUGCUUUAUAUAACACGCCACGGCCACAUGACUCACUGUCUGUAGGAGCAAUCCAUUUUUGUGAAGGGGGUGGUGUACCUAAUAAACUGUCUGGUGAGUGUAUACUUUAUUAGUCCAAACAAGAUGGAAAUGUGUUUUCAUCCAACCCCCCGAUAUACACACAACACACAUUAGGUUGGAGCACCCAAUGAGCAGUUUAGGGGGUUAUUUCCUUGCUCAAGGGAACAUCGGUGGUUGCCAGCUCACUCCCCGACAGAUCCACAGAUACACUCCACAGAACUGGGCGUUACGGAAGAGUGGCCAGAAAAAAAGCCAUUGCUUAAAGAAAAAAAAUAAGCAAACACGUUUGGUGUUCGCCAAAAGGCAUGUGGGAGACUCCUCAAACAUAUGGAAGAAGGUACUCUGGUCAGAUGAGACGCUAUGUCUGGCGCAAACACAACACCUCUCAUCACCCCGAGAACACCAUCCCCAUAGUGAAGCAUGGUGGUGGCAGCAUCAUGCUGUGGGGAUGUUUUUCAUCGGCAGGGACUGGGAACCUGGUCCGAAUUGAAGGAAUGAUGGAUGGCGCUAAAUACAGGGAAAUUCUUGAGGGAAACCUGUUUCAUUCUUCCAGAGAUUUGAGACUGGGACGGAGGUUCACCUUCCAGCAGGACAAUGACCCUAAGCAUACUGCUGAAGCAACACUUUAGUGGUUUAAGGGGAAACAUUUAAAUGUCUUGGAAUGGCCUAGUCAAAGCCCAGACCUUUGGGGGAGGGUGAAUAAUUCUGCACGCUCAAGUUUUCAGUUUUUUUGUCUUAUUUCUUGUUUGUUUCACAAGAAAAAAUUUUUUGCAACUUCAAAGUGGUAGGCAUGUCAUGUAAAUCAAAUGAUACAAACUCCCCAAAAAUAAAUUUUAAUUCCAGGUUGUAAGGCAACAAAAUAGGAAAAAUGCCAAGGGGGGUGAAUACUUUCACCUAAAUCAACCAUUUAUCGGAUCAUCAAGAACUUCAAGGAGAGAGGUUCAAUUGUUGUGAAGAAGGCGUCAGGGCGCCGAAGAAAGUCCAGCAAGCGCCAGGACCGUCUCCUAAAGUUGAUUCAGCUGCGGGAUCGGGGUACCACCAGUGCAGAGCUUGCUCAGGAAUGACAGCAGGCAGGUGUGAGUGCAUCUGCACGCACAGUGAGGUGAAGACUUUUGGAGGAUGGCCUGGUGUCAAGAAGUGCAGCAAAGAAGCCACUUCUCUCCAGGAAAAACACCAGGGACAGACUGAUAUUCUGCAAAAGGUACAGGGAUUGGACUGCUGAGGACUGGGGUAAAGUCAUUUUCUCUGAUGAAUCCCCUUUCCGAUUGUUUGGGGCAUCCGGAAAACACCUUGUCCGAAGAAGACAAGGUGAGCGCUACCAUCAGUCCUGUGUCAUGCCAACAGUAAAGCGUCCUGAGACCAUUCAUGUGUGGGGUUGCUUCUCAGCCAAGGGAGUGGGCUCACAAUUUUGCCUAAGAACACAGCCAUGAAUAAAGAAUGGUACCAACACAUCCUCCGAGAGCAACUUCUCCCAACCAUCCAAGAACAGGUUGGUGACGACCAAUGCCUUUUCCAGCAUGAUGGAGCACCUUGCCAUAAGGCAAAAGUGAUUACUAAGUGGUUUGGGGAACAAAACAUUGAAAUGUAGGGUCCAUGGCCAGGAAACUCCCCAGACCUUAAUCCCAUUGAGAACUUGUGGUCGAUCCUCAAGAGGCGGGUGGACAAACAAAAACCCACAAAUUCUGACAAACUCAAAGCAUUGAUUAUGCAAGAAUGGGCUGCCAUCAAUCAGGAUGUGGCCCAGAAGUUAAUUGACAGCAUGCCAGGGCAGAUUGCAGAGGUCUUGAAAAAGAAGGGUCAACAUUGCAAAUAUUGACUCUUUGCAUAAACUUAAUGUAAUUGUCAAUAAAAGCCUUUGACAGUUAUGGAAUGCUGUAAUUAUACUUCAGUAUACCAUAGUAACAUCUGACAAAAAUAUCUCAUAACACUGAAGCAGCGAACUUUGUGAAGACCAAUACUUGUGUCAUUCUCAAAACUUUUGACCAUGACUGUAGAUCAGGGUUUCUCAAACUCUGUCUUGGGACCCCAAGAGGUGUGGUUUUUGCCGUAGCACUACACAGCUGAUUCAAAUAAUCAUCAAGCUUUGAACAUUUGAAUCAGCUGUGCAGCUCUUGGUGUCCCCAGGACAGAGUUUGGGAAACCCUGCUGUAGAUGACCAGCAGGGUCAAAUAAUAAUCACUGUGAUUAUAGAGGGUGCAACAGGUCAGCACCUCAGGAAUUGGCUUUUCAUAACCGAGUAUUCAGAGGUUGAGACAGCAGGUGCAGUAGAGAGAGAGACAGACAAGGUAGCACGACUAGUGAACAGGUUAGAAUUCCAUAGCUACAGGCAGAACAGCAGAAACUUGAUCAGCAGCACAACCAGGUGGACUCGGACAGCCAGUAGUUGUUAGGCCAGGUCAUCCUGAGGCAUGGUCCUAGGGAGGAGAAGGUCUUUAUUGCCACAUGCACUUAUGUAAGCAUGUACAAUUCAGCGCUGACAUGCUUGAAGUUAAAUAAACAUAACUACAGACCACUUAAACUGGUACAAUACUUCCACUCAUGGGGGGUGGCCAAAAUUAACUAGUUGAAAGCCUUUUCGAGUGAAUUGUGUCGUUACCACACAUGACUGAAUUUGUUAGUGACAGAAACAUGGUUGUUGAAUUCAUUCAUUUCCAGUCCUGUGGACUUCGCCAAGUUCUUACUCUAAAUUUAUGACAAUACAUUACACAUAUCAUAAGGCCUUACUUUGACAACCAGGUUUUACCCUAACCAGUGGUGUUAGGAACCUCCUGGUUUGCCAACACAUGGCUAACCUUUGUUUAACCAUGUGUUUGGAGUAGGCUAUGUUAAAGUUUACACUUCAUCUUCCAAUUACAGACGUAGGAUCUUAAUUUGAGCCAGUUUGCUAAAGCAAGAAAAUAAUCCUGCAGAAAAAGUAAAUGUGAAUUAUUAUGUGGAUUGUAAUUCAUGAGCAUUGUUGUUGGGGUUGAUACAUGGGGCGGCGCACAAUUGGCCCAGCGUCGUCCAGGGUAGGGGAGGGAAUGGCCGGCAGGGAUGUAGCUCAGUAGAGCAUGGUGUUUGCAACGCCAGGGUUGUGGGUUCGUUUCCCACGGGGGGCCAGUAUGAAAAAUAUAAUAUAAUGUAUGCACUAACUGUAAGUCGCUCUGGAUAAGAGCGUCUGCUAAAUGACUAAAAUGUAAUGUAAAUGUAAAUGUAAAUGUUUGCAAAGUGAUGUGUAAUUCCUACUGGAAUCCAGCCGGAGUUAGGACAGCCAACAGUUGGAAUUUUUAUUAACCCGCAACUUGCAUUCCGAAUAACUGAGAGGGUUAGAAAGAGUGAUAAUGGAGACUACCUAAACCAUUUAAACUGGAACAACCAUUUCAGUAACAAUUACAAUACAUCUAACUAACUGAUUGGAUUAGUUUAGAAACAAAUUAUGUUAUUUAUCUUUGUGGAGCAUAAGAUCAAUCAAUCAAUGUACAGACAAAAACAAUCCCCGAGAUGCAUAGAGCUAGAAGAGAAUGAUCGAGAUGAGAGACGACGAUAGAGAUGAUCUCUAUAGAGAUAGAGAGAGAGAGAUAGCAGAGAGAGACGGAGAGGAGAGCGACUACUAGCCGCGACUACGCUCUUCUCUCUAGAGCGCGAGAGAAGAGAUCCCCGAGUAUAGAGAAUACUCUCUCUACGAGACGAGCGCUCGCUCUAGAGCUCGCUCUAUGCUCUCUCUCUCUCUCUGCUCUCUCUAUCUCUCUCUCUGCUCUUCGCUCCUCUCCUCUCUCUCUCUCUCUCUUCCUCUCUCUCUCUCGCUUCUCUCUCUGCUCUUCUCCUCUCUUCUCUGCUCUCUCUCUCUCUCUCUCCUCUCUCUCGCUCUCUCUCGACUCGCUGCUCUCCUCUCCUCUCUCUCGUCUCUCUCCUCUGCUCUUCUUCUCUCUCCUCUCUCUCCUCUCUCUCUCUCUCUCUUCCUCUCUCUCUCUCUCGCUCUCUCGCCUCUCUCUCUCUCCUCUGCACUCUUGCUCUCUCUCUCUCUCUCUCUCUCGUCGAGAAGCGAGUAUAGAGAGAGAGAAACAAUUCUCUUCCUGGUUUUUUUUUUUUGUAGAGUAUGGUGUGUGUCACGUGCAGCUGGUCGAAUAUGUAUCCCUGUUUUGGCUUCUCUCACCCAACUCAUGUGGGAUGACUUAGUGCUGCUCUAUUUUGCACCAUCCCUGGAAUGCUGGUGUGUUUGUAUUCAGGUAACAAGAAAGAUACAGUGUGGUCCUCUGUAGCUCAGCUGGUAGAGCACGGCGCUUGUAACGCCAAGGUAGUGGGUUCGAUCCCCGGGACCACCCAUACACAAAAAAAAAUGUAUGCACGCAUGACUGUAAGUCGCUUUGGAUAAAAGCGUCUGCUAAAUGGCAUAUUAGUAUUAUUAUAUUAUUAGUAUUAUUAUUAUACAGUGUGUGUAUCAUGGGCCAAUAUUUGACUCAUCCCCUGAAUUUAGAAGUGUUGCUCAUCCACUUUUAGUGGUGUGUAUGACGGUCUCUACGUAUUUAUAGAGAUGUAAUGGAACACAUAUUACAUGUGCUCUUCCUCUGUGUUGGGCCAAAGGCAUGAGACACCAGUGACUUUCCACUGGUACUCAUAUUCUGCCAGCUAGGGCAAAGAACCUGCACAGUCGAGACACUAAUAGGAAUGUCUCCAGGUUUAUUCGUUUAUUCGUUAUAAGUAUGUGUGUCUGUUAUCUGGGCAUGAGUUUAUUAAUGUGCCUGCCUGCAUGUGUGUGUGUACGUGUGUGUUGUCUGUGCAUGCAUAAGUGUGUUUAUUCAUGUGUACUUUGUGUGUUCUCCAGAUGCUCUGACCCCAGCCUCCAGCCCGUCGUCAGGGGGGUAUGGGGCGGCUGCAGGGCUGGAGGAGUUCUCCUCCACCUCUCUCAACCUGGAGUGUCGGGUGUGUGCCGACCGCGCCUCCGGAUACCACUACGGAGUUCACGCCUGUGAGGGCUGCAAGGUGAGAGUGACCAGCCAUCACACACACACACACACACACGCACAUAUGCAGAGCAUGCACAAACACACACACACACACACACACACACGUGCACGCACACACAUUAAUAUAUGCAUACAUACACACACACCUGGUCAGAGUGCACUCUAACACAUAUUGUACAACAAGGACACUGGUGUGGAUGCUUUCUUGGUUAAUUAUUAAUGGGCCUGUUGAAGAGAAACCCAAGGCUUAUGUGUUUUGUCACAAGUCACUGGAGGACAGAGCAGAUCUUAAUGUGCCACUAGAUGACACUGUAAGAUAAUGUAGUUUUGGUGUAAUUAUGACCCACAUACCACUAACCACUAAGGAAGCAUAUCCCAGUCUUUAGUUGUGACCCAAAAGGAAGUGGUCAAUGUGCUACAUUGCUACUGUAUUACUUCUUAGCCUUUGAAUGGUAAUGGCAAAAAAAUUUAAAUGAAUAGAUUUGCUGGAGAACUUUCCUGUAAUUAAGGAAAUGUCUAACUUGUAGUCAUGUAGGAGGUUUAAAAAGGCUUCAAAAGUUUGUAAUUUCCACUAAAACAUUUGACUUGAUUUUCCCUUACGGAAAAUGUAUCAACCCCAACAACAAUGCUCAUGAAUUAUAAUUACAUAAUAAUUCACAUUUACUUUUUCUGCAGGAUUAUUUUCUUGCUUUAGCAAACUGGCUCAAAUUAAGAUCCUACGUCUGUAAUUGGAAGAUGAAGUGUAAACUUUAACAUAGCCUACUCCAAACACAUGGUUAAACAAAGGUUAGCCAUGUGUUGGCAAAAAUGAAUGUCCAGGUCAAGAAAGCUUACAAGCAGCCAGCAGCACUUGCUGCGACUGGUACUUGCGGGUGCUUUUUCAAAGCCAAUGUCAGAUACUCCAGUGAUUGUAAUUAACUCCAAUGAGUGUAAUUUACACAAUAUUAGGAGUUGAGAAAUAAAGUUGCCAUCAUUCGAAAUAAGAUAUUCUCCUCUUUUCUACUGUAGGUAUGUAAUUCAUUUAUUCUGUUUUUGCUAGCGAUAUUCAUAAAACAUUCGAAAUAUUUUCGGGGACCCCUGCAGUACCUCCGCGGGACCCCAGGUUGAAUAACCCUGCCCCAAGGAGAAGAGUCAAUUCUCACCCUGCUAUGAAAGUCAGGCAAAGAUAGUGGGUUUUCAUCCACUACAUUUCCUACAUACUCUUUCACCCUGAAUGUAUGGGUGAUGUCUUCUGGAUCCCUGGCCAGCCCAUCUAUCCCUGUGCCAGGACUGUCUGAGUAUGGAUGUCACAUAGCGAAGUUGGCGGUGCUUUCAGUCACUCCUUCCCCUCAUGUCAACAUACUGUUACACUGAGUUCCAGAUGGCAGGGCCACAGCAGAGAACGGGCUACAGUGUAUCCUACCCUGCCCAGACUGGACCUGGCUCAGGGCUGCUGGAGGCUAGAGUGGACAUUUUACUGAACUAGUUAAGCAUAGCUGUCCCAGAUUAGAACUUCAGCUAUGUGUGCUACGUGGUCCAUGGAGCAGGCCUGGUAUGGGGCCAUAAACCAGAGGUCGCAGUUGCUCUGACAGUGAACUCUGUGAACCUUCCUCUUGACCAAUCAGAGGGGCAGCACGGAGAGGGCCGGUGUGGCAUGGAGACAUACUGAAGGGCAUAGCUAGAUACACAAACAUACAGUACAUAACACACGUACAAUACAUACACACACAGAUAUUUAGAACCUAUGAGGAAAUUCAGAAUGAUUCAGAACUGUAAGUUCGGAUCCUGGAUGCUGAUAGGCUAAAACAGCAUUCCAGCUGUCCCCUCUCUGAUGUCACAUACCUACGUGUGCCCCGCUCCUCAGCUGUGUGGUCACCUGAGAGUCACGGGAGGGGAGAGGAGGGGACUGACCCCUGGAUAGGACGACGGACAGCAACACGAGACAGGCUUGGCAUGAGGCCGUUGUGUCUGACAGCCAUUCUGCCCUUGCCUCAUGUCAUCCUCGAGGGGUGUGUGUGUACGUGCAUGCCAUGUGCAGGGACACAUUAAGGAGAUCUUUCACAAGAAUGGGGAGAUGAAUGUCUUGGGAUGGGGGCGGCUGAAUAUGUUCUUCUUAAGCAAUUCCCUGUCCAUUUCACUACGAUCAGUCUGGACAUACACUGUUGUUUGUCAGGGUUGUGUAAUAUAAGUGAAAUCCCAUUUAGUCGUGAUAAGCAUGAAUGUCCAGACUGAUAGUGUCAUGCUCCAGUCAUUGGGUCCAUUCUCUGUAUUUCACUUUUUUAACAGAGAAAGUGGCUGUUGGGUGAUUGGAGGUUUCCUAGUGUCAUGUUCUAGGCCAGGACACUGCCAUCACUUCGCUGAUAAAUAGCUGAGAUUGAGAGAGUCUUAGAUGACGGAACACAUUUAAUAAUGUUUGCAGUUGAGAGAUAUCAAGAUACCAGGUAUGAACUGACAAUAGUCUUCUUUUAUCAAGUCACUAUAGUGUAUGUGGUUGAGUUACCCUACUGAGUCGAGGCCGAGUUUUUUCAUGUGUGCAGUCUAUUGGGUCUCGACCUGAACAUUUAUCUCUCUCCUCUUUCUGUCCCUGCAGGGUUUCUUUCGGCGGACCAUCCGCCUCAAGCUGGAAUAUGACAAGUGUGAGCGCCGCUGUAAAAUACAGAAGAAGAACCGUAACAAGUGCCAAUACUGCCGCUUCCAGAAGUGCCUGUCUGUGGGCAUGUCCCACAACGGUGAGGAACACAGACAUAGCCAGAGCCCUGAGUACUGUUUACUGCAUACAGCACAACCUGCCAGCAGCAACCAGAGAGGAGCACACACACACACACACACACACAUACGCAUUUGCACGUAGACAUAUGCACACAUACACGUACGCCAUUCAAACCCACACUCUUGAGGAACCGGGAGUUGCAAUUUUACACCACAUCAACAUAUACGGUUGCUUUUCAAGACUAAUGAGAGUAGGUAAUCAUUUGAGAGACAGCCGUGAAUACUACAAUUAUCAUUACACUUUUUAAUUUUUUCACAUUUGCAUCAUUUCAUAUUUUGCUGUAUCCAGACAAAAACGAUGCAGAACUGCAAUUGAUGCAUAAGUCUCUCUGCCUAUAUGUGGUGGUGUCUAUGCAGACUCUCUGUGGUGUUUCAUUGUGAAGGUCAGUAAAACUAUAAGGUGGGGUUGUAUUGCGUUAGCUGAACCCUCUCACCCUUUAGCUGUUGAUGUGUGAACAGAGAGACAUGCAGUGGGAGUCUCAGCCUGGGCCUGCCGGUCAUGUGACCAGAGCUGUAUCUGCACUGGGUUAGGCUGUACAGUACAUUAGCCCCACUGAUCAAUGAGCUGACCUAGUUGAGAAUUGAAGGUCAUUUAGACUGAUAGAGAGCUUUGCAGGGUAGCGGAGGCGGUCUUUCAAUAGGAUACAUUACUAGUGCAACAGUGUAAAAAAUCGUAAAACAGAUUUCGCUGUCCAGAAAAAAUCACAGACAUGCACCCUCAUACAGUGAGGGAAAAAAGUAUUUGAUCCCCUGUUGAUUUUGUACGUUUGCCCACUGACAAAGAAAUGAUCAGUCUAUAAUUUUAAUGAUAGGUUUAUUUGAACAGUGAGAGACAGAAUAACAACAACAAAAAUCCAGAAAAACGCAUGUCAAAAAUGUUAUAAAUUGAUUUGCAUUUUAAUGAGGGAAAUAAGUAUUUGACCCCCUCUCAAUCAGAAAGAUUUCUGGCUCCCAGGUGUCUUUUAUACAGGUAACGAGCUGAGAUUAGGAGCACACUCUUAAAGUGAGUGCUCCUAAUCUCAGUUUGUUACCUGUAUAAAAGACACCUGUCCACAGAAGCAAUCAAUCAAUCAGAUUCAAAACUCUCCACCAUGGCCAAGACCAAAGAGCUCUCCAAGGAUGUCAGGGACAAGAUUGUAGACCUACACAAGGCUGGAAUGGGCUACAAGACCAUCGCCAAGCAGCUUGGUGAGAAGGUGACAACAGUUGGUGCGAUUAUUCGCAAAUGGAAGAAACACAAAAGAACUGUCAAUCUCCCUCGGCCUGGGGCUCCAUGCAAGAUCUCACCUCGUGGAGUUGCAAUGAUCAUGACAACGGUGAGGAAUCAGCCCAGAACUACACGGGAGGAUCUUGUCAAUGAUCUCAAGGCAGCUGGGACCAUAGUCACCAAGAAAACAAUUGGUAACACACUACGCCGUGAAGGACUGAAAUCCUGCAGCACCCACAAGGUCCCCCUGCUCAAGAAAGCACAUAUACAGGGCCGUCUGAAGUUUGCCAAUGAACAUCUGAAUGAUUCAGAGGAGAAAUGGGUGAAAGUGUUGUGGUCAGAUGAGACCAAAAUCGAGCUCUUUGCCAUCAACUCAACUCGCCAUGUUUGGAGGAGGAGGAAUGCUGUCAAUGACCCCAAGAAUACCAUCCCCACCAUCAAACAUGGAGGUGGAAACAUUAUGCUUUGGGGGUGUUUUUUCUGCUAAGGGGACAGGACAACUUCACCGCAUCAAAGGGACGAUGGACGGGGCCAUGUACCGUCAAAUCUUGGGUGAGAACCUCCUUCCCUCAGCCAGGGCAUUGAAAAUGGGUCGUGGAUGGGUAUUCCAGCAUGACAAUGACCCAAAACACACGGCCAAGGCAACAAAGGAGUCACUCAAGAAGAAGCACAUUAAGGUCCUGGAGUGGCCUAGCCAGUCUCCAGACCUUAAUCCCAUAGAAAAUCUGUGGAGGGAGCUGAAGGUUAGAGUUGCCAAACGUCAGCCUCGAAACCUUAAUGACUUGGAGAAGAUCUGCAAAGAAGAGUGUAACAAAAUCCCUCCUGAGAUGUGUGCAAACCUGGUGGCCAACUACAAGAAACGUCUGACCUCUGUGAUUGCCAACAAGGGUUUUGCCACCAAGUACUGAGUCAUGUUUUGCAGAGGGGUCAAAUACUUAUUUCCCUCAUUAAAAUGCAAAUCAAUUUCUAACAUUUUUGACAUGCGUUUUUCUGGGUUAUUCUUUCUCUCACUGUUCAAAUAAACAUACCAUUAAUAUUAUAGACUGAUCAUGUCUUUGUCAGUGGGCAAACAUACAAAAUUAGCAGGGGAUCAAAUACUUUUUUCCCUCACUGUACAUACAGACAGACUAACUACAAGCACUAUAAACAUAAGGAUCUUUACUUUAUGGAGAGUUCAUCUACAAACAAAAACCUUGAUAAAGGACAAUGAGUUCAAAUUCUUCGACCCUAUUGGAUGGAUGUUGUUUACCUGUGUGUUUUAUGUCAACAUAAAACAUGGCCUUCUGAACCUUAGCUAAGAUGGAUGUCCUGCCGUUUACAAUGGACCUAAAUAGAAUUUCGAGGUUGUGUGUGGUGUGGAGUGUGUCAGUGUGGAGCGAUGUGAAGAGGGGCUUAGCAAGAUCACUGUAGUAGUCGGUCAGAGUUGACAGACAGACGGACUGACGGACAGACAGACACAUACAGAUGUAGGAUCUUAAUAUUAUCCCUCUUUUGUUGCAGGAAAUGCAAACUUGUAGUGUAUUUGGGUUUUAAAAAUGCUUGUAAAGUUUGUCAUUCCACUUUGAAAUUUCAGACUUAAUUUUCCCCUAAUGAAAAAUGAAUGAACCCCUAUUAAUGAACCCCUACAUUAAUUAUAAUUCACAUUUCCAGUUGCUGCAGGAUUAUUUUCCUGCUGUAGCAAACUGGCUCAAAUUAAGAUCAUACAACUGUAGACCUGGGGACAAGUGUCAGUGAACUCAUGGACACACUUCAGGUUGUGAUAUCACUGAACUGAACACUAUCAUGUUGGAGAGCAAUCCAAUAUGUGGACUGAUGGUCAACAUUAGUAUUUAUUUCACAUCUGGGAGCAGCACUUGUGUGUCCAAGAUGAGUUUCCCCUUGUGGAAACACGUGUGUUGUGUUUCCUAAAUGUAACAGUAUACAGGUGAAAGUACAUGGAACCUGAUACACUGAGGCCCCCCCCCUCACUUUUGAAAGAAAAUUGCACCACAACAAACCUGCCAAGAGAGGACCGCCCACCAAAACUCACGGACCAGGCAAGGAGGGCAUUAAUCAGAGAGGCAACAAAGAGACCAAAGAUAACCCUGAAGGAGCUGCAAAGCUCCACAGCGGAGAUUGGAGUAUCUGUCCAUAGGUCCUCUUUAAGCCGUAAACUCCACAGAGCUGGGCUUUACGGAAGAGUGGCCAGAAAAAAAGCCAUUGCUUAAAGAAAAAAAUAAGCAAACACGUUUGGUGUUCGCCAAAAAGCAUGUGGGAGACUCCCCAAACAUAUGGAAGAGGGUACUCUGGUCAAAUGAGACUAAAAUUUAGCUUUUUGGCCAUCAAGAAAAACGCUAUGUCUCGCCAAACCCAACAGCUCUCAUCACAUCACGCCGAGAACACCAUCCCCACAGUGAAGCAUGGUGGUGGCAGCAUCAUGCUGUGGGGAUGUUUUUCAUCGGCAGGGAAACUGGUCAGAAUUGAAGGAAUUAUGGAUGGCGCUAAAUACAGGGAAAUUCUUGAGGGAAAUUCUUUGAAGGUGGCUCUUCAAAGUAUUGACUUUGCACGCUCAAGUUUUCUGUUUUUCUUGUCUUAUUUCUUGUUUGUUUCACAAAAUAUAUAUAUAUAUUGCAUCUUCAAAGUGGUAGGCAUGUUGUGUAAAUCAAAUGAUACAAACCCCCCAAAAAUCAAUUUUAAAUCAAGGUAGUAAGGCAACAAAAUAGGAAAAAUGCCAAGGGGGUGAAUACUCUCGCAAGCCACUGUAGGUUGGGUUGUUUGUUGCUUGAUAGACAUCUGACAGAUUGUUGUCCCACACCAUCCCUGUGCUCUGCUGUAGAGGGUCAGAGACUCAUCCUCUCACCCUCAGCUUAGUCUGAUGUUCUUAUCCUGGGUAUCCUGAUCCCUACUCAGAGCAUCUCUCACUUCCUCUUUCGCUAAUGAAUCUUUCAAAUACAUUCAGCGUUUGCUUUAGCCUGCCUGGAGAGCCAGGUGGUUGCCUCUACACCUGUGAAAUCGUGAUUUGUUCAAAUAACCAGUGAUGGAAAAACCCAAGCACCGGAACUAUUGCUGCUUGUUAGCUAUCGGUGCCCAUAGUAUAAAGACAGUUAUAAACUGGGUGGUUCAAGCCCUGAAUGCUGAUUGGCUGUAUGCCACGGGUAUGACAAAACAUUUACUUUUACUGCUCUAAUUACAUUGGUACUGUAGAUUUAAGCAAUAAGCCACCUCGGGGGUUUGUGGUAUAUAGCCAAUAUACAAAGGCUAAGGGCUGUGUCCAGGCUCUCCGCAUUGCGUCGUGCGAAAGAACAGCCCUUAGCCGUGGUAUAUUGGCCAUAUACCACACCCCAUCCGUCCUUAUUGCUUAAAUCUACAGUACCAAUAUGUUUACAUAGUCUGUCCACGAGAGAUGAAGAUGUAUGUAAUAGGUGCACCUGCUGUUGUGCACCCUAUGAGGGAGGUGUGUGUGUGUGUGUGUUUGCGUGUGUUUGUUUGUGUGUUAGCCCACUGUGUCAGAGGGAAGGGGUUAUAGGUAGUGCAACUGUAAUCUGAUUAGCUAGACACUUAGUAUCAGACUGUCUGAGAGAGUCAGAGUCACUCUGUACAAAAACAAUACACACACACACAUACUAGGACUAGCUACCUGAUUGGUCCUAUUUCCUUUAGCGGUCUAACACAUUGUUCCUCAGCUGACUCUCAUCCUGCCCCCACUUCCCUCAACUGUCUCCAGGGAUCCAUAGCCUGUCUAUAUUUUACUUAUUUUUUAAAAACAGUUAGUCAUUUAGCAGACGCUCUUCUCCAGAGCGACUUACAGUUAGUGCAUUCAUCUUUAGAUAGCUAGGUGAGACAACCACAUAUCUCAGUCGUAGUAAGUACAUUUCCUCAAUAAAGAAUAUAAAACAUAACAAAUAACACAACAGAAACAAAAGGCCCAGGACGUGGGGCAGCCCAGGAGGCAGGCGUCCAUCUUGUCUCCCAUAACUUCCAACGUAUCAGACUCCAUUACCCCAUGCUCCUGGAAACAACCAUACUUCUGGACUGCAAUCCCUCCUGUGGGCGGCUUCCAAGUUACACCCAGAAACAUUUGAACAACAGUGUUCAGGAUUUGGCAAACAAAUAAACAAUACACAUUGACUUGAGCCUCAAUAUCUUUCUUAUGUUGAUAUGACAAACAAUAUACAAUUGUCUUGAGUCUCCAUAUCUCGCUCAGCAAAACAGAUGCAUCUUUGUAAUGUAAAUGCAGUAUAUUAUUUUUAUCAUGUCGUACGUCCUCAUCUGUACAAUCUCCUCUCUUUUUUCUCUAAUUAGCGAUCCGUUUUGGUCGGAUGCCCCAGUCUGAGAAGCUAAAGCUGAAGGCAGAGAUCCUGACGGGUGACAUGGAGGUGGAGGACCCCCAGCAGGCCGACCAGAAGACUUUGGCCAGGCACAUCUACGAGGCCUACCUCAAGAACUUCAACAUGAACAAGGCCAAAGCACGGACCAUCCUCACCGGCAAGACCAGCACUCCAGUAAGAGCAGUGUGUAUAAGUGUGUGUGUGUGGUGGUGGUGGUGGGGGGGUGCAUGUGCAUUCAUGCAUGUUGGAUCAAAAAUGAAACUAACUCUCCAAAGGGAAUCAUUCAAAUAUUUGUUGCAACCCUGAUGGUACUACAUGUGUCUUCUAUGCAAUCAGAUGGGUCCAAUAUUAUAUUUUGAAUGAUUCCCUUUGGAGUGCGUUGGCUGCAUUUUGAUCCGGUUAAAUGGGAUGAAAUGUGCAAACAAACAGUCCUUUUGUGUCAACAUAACCUAUUGGCAACCACUACCCACUAGGAGCCAAAGAACCAUGCAACGACAGAAAUAACUUUCUCAAUCAAUGGCAUUUAGAAGCCAACAUGUCUGGACAAGGACACAUCUGUCUGAAUACAUGAAGAGCAUCUCUGUAUGAUCCUGACUCAUAACGGACCAUUAUUAACAGUGUUUGAAGACCACUGCACCACUCCCUCCCUGCCUCCCUCCCUCUCUCUUUCUUUCUUUAAAGAUGGUCCCCUUAGAUCUGUGGUCUCCAUUCAUUCUUUCAUCACAUAGGAUAAUAAAUGGGUGGGGUAAGGGUGAGGUUUCUGGUGAAUUGGUGAAAUCCAUCUUCAGUGGGCAUAGGUGUGGCAGAGGUCAGAAAGGAGAGGUCAGAAAGGAGGAUCACAGUGUUGUAAUCCGUGAGCAGAAGCGGUGGAUCAACUACACAGUAACGCUAUGGAUAGACAUUCCGCUCAGCUUUAGCAUAGCCUUUAGCAAUGCCUUGUAGUGUCUUCUGCACAGAUUGACCUCGUUUUCUGUUGUUGAUUAAGCUGCUCUUACCCAGCUGCCACCUUCAGCAAUAAUAUUCUGGCCUGCAUUGCUAGUCAGAUGUUGGGAGCGUAUCAUAUUGUGUUGAGUAAGCUGUGUGUAGCACACAGCUUUAGUUAGGAGCAAGUGCUGGAUUGGCUCCUGUGGGAACUUUCAAUACUGCAGCUCUGGUAGUGAACUUACAGCCCCACCAACACGGUGACCCAGAUAUGUGUUGUUUAGCAGCCUUCCACUCUAAAAACCAAUGUGUUGAAAACAACUCAUGAGAGUUAGUGAUAACAGUUGAGUUUAAGUUCACAGUCCUGUAUUUUCUAUUGGAAAUAUGUGGAGCUGGUGUCCUUGCAGUGCUUGCUUGAAGAAGCGCAGGCAGCAGUGUUUUUGUAAGAUGUGGCUCAGUAUCUAAGGGUACACACCUGAUAAGAUUAGAUUGGCCUGUUGUUUGUUUUGCUACAAUGUAGGACAUCACAGCUAAUCUAGACCCUGUUUGCCCUGUCCCCUGUUGUCAGAUUUCUGACAACAACAGACAUUUUUCAGGAUAAAUAAGUUACUGUAACCUUCACAGCUACAUAACGGCAAUAAAAUACAUUUUAGGUUUUGAAACUGACACAGGAACAGAGGUGUUCUAUAAUUUACUCUAGAGUCAAGGACAGGACUUGGAUUAUGUUACAAUGAGGAUUUACAACUACAUGCAGUAAAGGCUAUCUUUUCUUUCUGUCAAUAAAUGUUAUAUAGGCUGUCUAUCCCUACAUGUAGGCAGGACUGUGUGUGUAACAUAUGGUUCCUCACUCUAGUAGUAGUAAUAUUUCAAAUACCUAUCUUUUCCACAGGGUCUAGGUAGGGGCUAGGGUUCGGUUUGAAAUAGGACAAUUCCUAUCUACCGGCCUUCCUACAUACAGGGCUGUCAUUACACAUGGCUACAGACUAUGUCUCCUCACCGCCCUGUCUCCCUCCAUGCCCCUGCAGCCCUUCGUCAUCCAUGAUAUGGAGACCCUCCAGCUGGCAGAGCAGACCCUGGUGGCUAAGAUGGUGGGCACGGCCGGGGGCCAUCUGCUGGAGAAGGAGGCUGAGGUCCGCAUCUUCCACUGUUGCCAGUGCACCUCCGUGGAGACGGUCACAGAGCUAACCGAGUUCGCCAAGUCUGUCCCCGGCUUCUCCAGCCUGGACCUGAACGACCAGGUGACUCUGCUGAAGUACGGCGUGUACGAGGCGCUGUUCGCCCUGCUGGCUUCCUGUAUGAACAAGGACGGCCUCCUGGUGGCCUACGGAUCAGGCUUCAUCACCAGGGAGUUCCUCAAAAGUCUGAGGAGACCCUUCAGUGACAUGAUGGAGCCCAAGUUUCAGUUCGCCAUGAAGUUCAACGGGCUGGAGCUGGAUGACAGUGACCUGGCCCUGUUUGUGGCCGCCAUCAUCUGCUGUGGAGGUGAGAGGGAGAGCGGGAGAAGCUUGGAUCUGGGGUUAAUGAUCACUAAUUGGUACACUAAUUGGUUUUAGUGUUAAUUACUAUGCAUCUUCUUGAUGGAUUUGCUAGUCCCCUCAAUGCCAAUCAUAAUGUCUGUUCUUGGGUUGACAUAAUCCACCUUCUUUCUCUAACUCUCCUCUCCUCUUUUCUCUCCCUCAGACCGCCCUGGCCUGGUGAACGUGGCCCACAUCGAGUGCAUGCAGGAGAACAUUGUUCAGGUGCUGCGGCUCCACCUGCUGGCCAACCACCCGGACGACACCUUCCUCUUCCCCAAUCUGCUGCAGAAACUGGCCGACCUCCGUCAGCUGGUCACCGAGCACGCGCAGUUGGUCCAGGAGAUCAAGAAGACAGAGGACACGUCGCUCCACCCCCUGCUGCAAGAGAUCUACAGGGACAUGUACUGAGAUAUUGAGCCGAGGGAGGAGGGCUAGGGGCUGGGAACACACACCUCACCCUCCAUUUUGGGGAUGUACUGAGCCUAGAAAGGAGGUUGUCCGCCAUUUUGGGGACACAGGCGUGAACAGUCUAUCUGAACAGUCCCACGGUGAUAGGGUUGAACCACUGAACCCCCAGAUGCAGGGUUGCUCGUCUUUCUCAGGAGAGAGAGUAUUGGUGUUUAUGAGGCCCAGACAUCACAGGACAAGACAGAACUACAGGACUAUACUGUGGGCACCUGCAGUGGGGUCCACUACUCCUACAGGGACCUAUAGGGCCGUAUUACAUGUGUGGAGGGGCAAUGUGGAGCUGAAUUUAGUCUCCUGUCCUAUCCUAGUGUUUGUCCUAAUGCAGCUCCCAGCUAGAGAACAUGUAUCGGGCUGGGUAUAGACACCUUCAGGCCAACGUCAGAAGAAGUACACGGAUCAAAUAAUAAAUUGCUGGUUUGGGUAACUAAGAUUCAGUCAGACUAUAACCACUAGAAUCCCUGCUUAGGUACACACUUAAAGGGGCCUGCACUGAGCCAUACUCAGGCCAUAGAGUGAAGAACAGCAGGACUUACUCUUCAGAAUCACCACUCCAGCAGUAUGUUUUUAACUAUGCCAUUUUGUACCGAACGUGAGAGUGAGAGGAAAGAAUAAUAAUGAUGCACACCUACUUUGCAGUAAAGACACCCAAGUGACUUCAAUGCCGACUACAGAUUUUAGAUGUGAGUGACUGUGUCUCACGGUAAGGCAGCUUUUUCAGCGAUUGGCUGUGCUCCCCUAGUGAGGUACAGAUGCAGGAUCUUAAUUUGA